GGCGUGAACGCAGCACCAGACCAAAGCAGCCGUUCGUCGAGCGUUGUUGCCAAUGACAGUCGCCUGCUAGCUAAAGUCAUGGCGCUGCUCAAGCAAAGUUGUUGCGUCGCUGGACGUUUCUCCACAAACCAUCUAUGGCUGAGUCCCAGAUGCGUUCCCCAUAGUUACACCAGCAGUCUGACCACUGUGGCAAAAUCCUCCUCAGACCGGGCUGACAGAAAGAAGGAGCUUCUGAGCGAUGGCGGGCCUGAUCUACAAGACUUCAUUUCAGGGGAACUGUCGGAGAAAAGCAAGUGGGCAGAGUACAAAGGCAGCCUGAAGACACAAAAGGGAGAGAGGCUGCGGCUUCCUCCCUGGCUGAAGACCGAGAUCCCCAUCGGGAAAAACUACAACAAGCUGAAGAACACACUGAGAGACCUCAACCUGCACACGGUGUGUGAGGAGGCCAGGUGUCCCAACAUUGGGGAGUGCUGGGGUGGAGGAGAGUUUGCUACAGCCACAGCUACCAUCAUGCUGAUGGGGGACACGUGUACCCGCGGGUGCAGGUUCUGCUCUGUUAAGACGGCUCGGCAGCCUCCACCUCUCGACCCAGACGAGCCCUACAACACAGCCAAGGCCAUCGCUGCCUGGGGGCUGGACUACGUGGUUCUCACCUCAGUCGACAGAGACGAUAUUGCUGAUGGAGGGGCAGAGCACUUCGCUAAAACAGUCUCCACCCUGAAGGAAAAGGAGCCUCGGAUCCUGGUGGAAUGUCUGACCCCUGAUUUUCGUGGUGACCUGGCAGCGGUAGAGAAGAUCGCCCUGUCGGGGUUAGAUGUGUACGCCCACAAUGUGGAGACAGUGCGGGAGCUGCAAAGACACGUGCGUGACCCCAGGGCUAACUUUGACCAGUCUCUGAGCGUCCUGAGGCACGCCAAAAAGGUCAAAUCCACCGUGCUCACCAAGACGUCCAUCAUGCUCGGACUGGGCGAGACAGACCAACAGAUACAAGACACCCUGACUGAGCUGCGAGAGGCCAAAGUGGACUGUCUAACUCUGGGCCAGUACAUGCAACCCACCAAACGCCACCUGAAGGUGAAGGAAUACGUCACUCCAGAGAAGUUUGCACACUGGGAGAAAGUUGGGAAUGAAAUGGGCUUCGUUUACACAGCCAGUGGUCCGCUGGUGCGAUCCUCUUACAAAGCAGGCGAGUUCUUCCUAAAGAAUUUACUGGAGAAGAGAAAAGCAGAAGUCACUGUAGCUGAGUGAACAGCGCCAUCCAGCAGCUUCUGCCCUUUAACAUAUCAACGCACAUUUUACAGUCACAGCUUUCCUCCUGUAGGCAAAUCAGAACACAUGUAACAUAUACAAGCAGUAACAGCAGUUGAGCAGUCAGUAUGUCAGUACAGAGACCAUUCCAAGACCACUUGUUCUCUACCGUUCACCUGUGGCAGCCCAGAGCUACAUUUUGAGGAGAGGGGAUCAAAGAAAGCAGGCAGCAGGUAGAGGCUUGCAGAUAUGUAGAUGACCUCUGUCCAUGUUCUCCUGCCAGCAGAAAAUGCAACCUGCUGUUGUCAGUAGGUGUAAAGUGCAAUCUGUUCACCUCAGCGGGGGGAGGAAGGUCCUAAAUCACAUGAACUCAGUUCCUUCAGAGGCCCUGGACUUCAGGUAAAGGGCUGCUGACCUUUAACCACACACUCAGUUUAUGAGCUCUUUGAUGUCUGCUGCUUCAGGACUGAUGAGUGAGUGGAGCAAGAGCAGUUUCUUUUUCUUGGUCUGAGGAUUCAUGCAGCAGCUUCAAGGUGAAAUUAUGUAUAAUUCAAAAACUAAUUAUGGUGGUUGAAGACUUGUUACAUGGUUCUAAACUUCUAUUACAUUACCAAAAAAAAAAAGAUCUAAGCCCAAACUGGCUUUUCAAGAGGUGUUUUGUAACAUCUCUGCUAAUUUGGGCUCAAACUAUACUUUUUCUAACAUGAUCAAAAUAUUUCCCACCUGUUUGUUUGUCUUACACACUGGUUGUUAGGGUAAAUUAAAUCUUUAAAAAUGUACAUUUGUAUUUAAAGAAUUAAAACUCAUCAGUCCACA